CUGACGUACGAGUCCUGUGACGUCAUAACGCAUCCGUCACGACGGGCGGAGUCUCGAUGAGCGGGGGUCUUCGCUGCCAGCGGCUCCGUUAUUUCAGCGUCAAACAACAACAACGACAACAACAACAAGAAACAACAACAUAAUCAAGAACAACAACGAUAGCAACGCACCCUGCUGCUGGCCGGGCCGGCGUGAACAUGAGCUGGGGUGUGGAUCUCUGGGAUCAGUUUGACAACGUUGAGAAGCACACGCAGUGGGGCAUUGACUUUUUGGAGAAGUACUGCAAGUUCGUGAAGGAGAGGACCGAAAUCGAGACCAACUAUGCCAAGCAGCUGCGGAAUCUCACGAAAAAAUAUCAGUCGAAGAAAACUUCUAAGGAGGAGGAUGAGAACAGGUUCUCGGUGUGCCGCGCCUUCGUGGCGGUGCUCACGGAGCUGAACGACUAUGCGGGGCAGCACGAGGUGAUCGCCGAGAACAUGAACGGCGCCAUCCUGCGCGAGGUGCUGGCAUACGUGCAGGAGCUCAAGCAGGAGCGCAAGACGCAACUGAACGACGGCAGGAAAGCACAGCAGCAUCUGGAGGGAUGCUGGAAGCAGCUCGAGUCGAGCAAGAAGAAGUUCGAGAGGGAGUGCAAGGAGGCCGAGAGGGCGCUGCAGCACUUCGAAAAGAUGGACAACGACAUCAACGUGACGAAGGCCGACGUGGAGAAGGCGCGGACGCAGUCGAACCAGCGGAUGCAGAUGGCCGAGGACUGCAAGAGCGAGUACGCGGCGCAGCUGCAGAAGUUUAACGAGGAGCAGCACCAGCACUACUUCACCGUCAUGCCCAAGGUCUUCCAGGACCUGCAAGCCAUGGACGAGAGGAGGAUAUCCAACAUCGCCGAGUCGAUCACACGGUUCGCUGACAUCGACCGGCAAGUCAUGCCGAUCCUGGGCAAGUGCCUCGACGAGAUGACGUCUGCGGCCGAGAGCAUCAGCGCCGAAAAGGACUCUGGCCUGGUGGUGGAGGCGUACAAGUCGGGCUUCGAGAGGCCGAGCGACGUCGACUUUGAGGACUACAGCCAGUUCAUCAGCCGCACGCCGUCCGACAGCAGCAUCUCGUCCUCCAGCAAGCCCGACGUGUCGCGCUCCGACAACAAGCCCGUGGCGCCUGGGAUCACCAAGAGCAAGCCCAAGCUGUGGCCCUUUGGCAAGAAGCACAAGUCCCCCCCUCAUCUCCCCCCGCUGGACGUCGCCAGCGCCCAAGGUGGGCUCAGCACCCCCGGCAGCCCCAAUGCAGCCGGUCCCCAGUCCCCCUCGUCCCUAUCCCCCUCCCAUCAUCGAUCACACGACCAGGGCGGCUCAAAGUCCCGGAUGAUGCCCUCCUUCAAGAGCCUCAAACGCGGGCUUUCAAUGAAGCUGUCUUCUCCAGGAUGUGUCCCAAAGGGCGUUCCAGCCGAGGACUUCAGUCACCUGCCGCCCGAGCAGCGGAGGAAGAAGCUGCAGCAGAAGAUCGACGACCUGAACAGCGAAAUCAAGAAGGAGGUCGACCAGAGAGAGGCGCUGCUCAAGAUGAAGGACGUCUACCUCAAGAACCCGCAGAUGGGAGACUCCACCAGCCUGGAGCCUAAGCUGUCCGAGACGGCGCACAAGAUCGACAAGCUCCAGCAGGAAGCUCAGAAGUUUGAGAACUGGCUGGCGGAUGCCGAGGGACGCAUGCCUGCACGUGUCCACGGCCCCAAGCGGAACAGCGCGGCGUACGAUCGCAGCAGCAUCGUGGUGAACAACGUCGUCAACAACGGCUCGCAGGACAGAGAGAGCAGUCCGGACGGCAGCUACACGGAGGAGGCCCCCCCGGAGGGCACGCCGGCGCCCCCCGCGCCGCGCCAGCCCGACCCGGCGGCGGCGGUGGCCCCCGCCCACGGCGGCGGCGGCGGCACCACCGCCACGACCGCGGCGCAGGUCGACUCCGGCGGGGACUUUGACGACGACGACUUUGAGGACGAGGAGCCGCUGCCCGUGCUCGGACGAUGCAAGGCGCUGUACCCCUUCGACGGCAACAGCGAGGGCACCAUCGCCAUCGCGGAGGAGGAGCUCUUCCAGCUCGUGGAGGAGGACAAGGGCGACGGGUGGACGAGGGUCCGGAGAGCCAACGGAGAGGAGGGCUACGUGCCCACGUCCUACCUGGAGGUCACGCUCGAUCCCGUCGCAGCAGCAGCAGCCGCCAAACCAGGUUCAUAAGGGGGGGUCUCCCCGCACCCCCCCUCCCCCACCACUUCCGUCUCGGGGAGAGGAGCUCCCAAGCGGGGAUGAGCAGGCGGCCGCGGGGGGACAGUGUGUCCGGCUCUCGGUGGGGCCCUUGUACGAGGCUCCGAUUUUUGUUGUUGUUGUUGUUGUUGCCAAAUUCGGAAAUAGAAUGUCGCAAUUCUGGCCCGCCCGCCCGCCCGCACGCUCCCCGUAACGGCCGUCUCCUGUUUGCUACCGACAAUGUGGGACGACGAGUGAGAGGGCUGCGCCCAGAGCCGUCCCUAGGGUACACGGCGAAUCGCGGCGACUGCCCCGGACCCCGUGCUUUGGGGGUCUUUGUCCCCCCCCCCCCCC